CCGGAAGUUGUAAUGAACAAGGAAAGUCAAGCAGGAUGUAUUUGUGUUUACUCUUUUGUGUAAGCACGGGAACGAUGUUUAGAUUUGAAACUUGUUUUUGUAUUUAAAAACGUCAAGUGUAAUACGAAAUAUUACAAUCUUAAAUUCAUAUAUAUCGGUAUUACUCUAGGCAGCUGAGCGAUAUCGUAGCCUUUUUGUAUUUCCAUUACACAAAUAAUGCAUAGUAUGUAGUAGUUUACAUACAUCCAUUUUGUUUGGACCUGGAAUACAUAUAUAUUUAGAAAUAACUGUUUACUUGUUUUAUUAACAGUAUGAGUGAAGAAGGUAAUACUAAAAACAUGAACACUGAAACAAACAUUUCGGUCGUAGUCACACAAGAUGUGAAUUCGUAUUACGCUGGUGGUAAUAGUACACCUAUUGAAACCAGGGCGAAUAUCACCACCCCUCAAGAAUCUGAAAAUAUGGUGCUCUAUGAAAUUGGGGACGACCCCGGCGAAGAGAGCGAUGUUCUAGACACUUCCGACCCCAGAGACAGCACCGCAAGCCCCGAGGAGUUGAAUGACGAUGAGGCUUUUGGUGACGAGACAGUGACCAAGCCUUGCACUUACGAGGGCUGCACAGAGACCACUACUCAAGUGGCCAAACAGAGAAAACCUUGGAUGUGCAAGAAACACAGAAAUAAAAUGUACAAGGACAAGUACAAGAAAAAGAAGAACGACCAGGCUAUAACCAGUACAGGCAAACUAGAUUGUGAAAGCCACAGUGAAGGAGUUGUCUUCUCCUUUGAACAGGAUAGUGCAGAUGAGAGGCCUGUUUCAGUUACUAAGCAACACCUUGGCACUAUAGGAGACCGCCCAGCAAGGCCGUCGCUAUUGGAGCAAGUAUUAAACCAAAAAAGGCUGUCAUUACUACGAAGUCCAGAGGUUAUGAGUUUCUUGCAGCAGCAACAGCGGUUACUAACUAACCAGGCACAAGGCCAGAGACAACAAGAGUUUUAAGAACGGCAGCUGUGACUGACAAGAGCUGUUAUACAUGACCGAGAACCACAUCUGAAACAUCAAUGUAUGUUGUUCUUGGCAGACAAUUUCCUGGAAAAUUAUGUGAAAAAGAUUGGACUUCUAUCACAGUUCUUCCAUCGAUGAACUGCAGUCUAAUUGCUGAUAUUGCUUAGAAUUUUACAUCAUUCAAGAAGUGAAGCUUGAGACACUUAAGAUAGCUGUACCAAUCAAUAUACCAAGAAGGUACCAAUGUUAAUACAUAGAUUACAAUAUAACCUCAGCAAUCUAAUGUUCAUUUUAAAGUAAAUAACCAAAAAAGCGGCUAAGUUCAAGGCUAAUACUGAAAUGGUUAUAAUGGCAGACUAAAUUGUAAAGAUGGAGAGUUGUGUUGGCUUAAACCUUUGACUGUUGUCUGUCCUGUUCUAGGGGCUAUUAAGACUGUCAUCUAACAUCUAUAAUAUGCUGAAAACCUUUUAUCUAUUUGUAUCUAUUGUUUACAGUAUAAUCACAGUAUGGAUUCUAAAGAACACGUAAAAGGCUCACAAGUUUGUUCAUUUUUAAGUUGCCUAUAUGAUACCUAGUAUAGCAACACUUAUAUGUAGUAAUUUAAAUGCUGUGUUAAAGUUUAGGUCAAGUCAGAUUUUUUUGUUCUUCAUUUUUCUAAUAGGAAUCUCCUUUUUUAAUGUGAUUUACAAUCUACCAACACUCAAGCUCCUUGAUGUGAAUUUAUAAAGACCUUAAACUUGUUUAGUGAAUUGUUAAAAGGCAUGAAAAAUGAUGUUGUACAUUGUGUAAUUUAACUUGUACUUCAGAAUUUAAUGAAUGGUUCCAGAAUCUAAGCAUGAAUCUGCAGUUUUAAUUCUUAUUUACUAUUGAAGCAAAUUGGUUUUAUUCAAGCAAUUCAUAUCGGUGCAACAGAGAAUAAUAAAUUUUCAUUUUCUAACCUAGUACUGUCUAGAUGUUUUAUGCAUGUUACUGUUUAUUCAUGUGAUGCCUUUUUUUGCAUAAAAUGUUUUAUUGUCCCCAAAAAAGUAAUAUGCAUACACCAUCCCCAUUCAAAACCAAUUUAUAGCAUUUGUUCAGAGCCAGAACUGCUUGCUUAAAGAAGUAGAAAAUUGGAAUAAAUACAAAUAAGCUGGA